CAUUCACAUUGCCAUUUUAAAUCCACGCGGUUUACUCGUUACUUGUUCAAUACUGUUCAAAACUGAAGUUAUUAAAUUUAAUAACACAAAUUUACUGUUUUUUUUUAAUUUUAUUGUCGUUAAUAAAACUUAAUAGAAAUGACAGAAGAUAAAGAAGUAGCCGCAUCAGAGAAUGGCAAGGAAAAUACUCAAAGUGAGAGUAACGACGAGCUGUCAGAUUUAGAAAGCUCAAUUAUUCGACAAGUGGAGUACUACUUUGGUGAUGUGAAUCUUCCUAGAGACAAAUUCCUAAAAGAGCAGAUAAAUCUGGAUGAUGGAUGGGUUCCCCUUGAUAUUAUGAUCAAAUUUAAUCGCCUUGCUAAACUUACUCUUGAUACUGAUGUUAUAGCAAAUGCACUCAGUAAAUCUACAUCAGGAUUACUUGAGAUUUCAGAGGAUAACAAUAAAGUAAGAAGAAAUCCAGAACUUCCAAUACCUGAGAUGAAUGAAGAACGCCGCAAAGAACUCUCAUCCAGAACAAUAUAUGCUAAAGGUUUCCCAAAAGAUGCUGUUUUAGAUGACAUCCUUACAUUCUUUAAAAAAUUUAAUGAUGUAGAGAAUAUUAUUAUGAGGAGAUAUCAAGACAGACAAACUAAGAAGAAGAACUUUAAGGGCUCAGUUUUUGUUACAUUCAAAACAAAAGAGCAGGCUCAAAAACUCAUAGAAGAAAAGGAUUCAUUGAAAUAUAAUGACACACAAUUAAUAAUACUCUGGCAAGAGGAGUAUGUAAACAAGAAACAGGAGGAGUAUUUGGCAAUGAAAGAGAAUAAACAAAAGAAAACCCAGGAAAAAGAGCAAAAACAAGUAAAUGAUGAGAAAGACAACCUAAAACUGCCAAAUGGUGCUGUGCUGUUCUUUAGUGAAUGUAAGGACAAACUGACCAGGGAAAAAAUAAAGGAAGCCUUAACAAAUUUAGGUGCAGAUGUUGCAUACAUAGAUUUUAACUCUGGUGAUACACAAGGCUGGGUAAGACUGUCAAAAGAGAAUGCUGCUAAAGAAUUGGCAGAGAAAAUUCCUGAUGGUAUUAUAAAAAUUGAUGAUACUGAUAUUAAAUUCAAACUUAUUGAAGGUGAUGAAGAGAAAGCCUAUUUGGAAAAAACUAUUGAUGAAAUGGCAAAAAGACGGAAGAACAUGAAGAACUUUAAACAAAACAAGGGUAAAAACUUCAGGGGUAAAGGGAACAGGAAGCGAAAACAUGAGGGCAAUGAUAACACUCCUCCCGCUAAAGUGAAAGCUGAUAAUUAGACAUUUAAAUAUGUAUUAUAGUUAAGAAUAUGAUUACAGAUAAGUUAUGAAUAUUGUUAAAACAAUAUUAUGUACAUGUUUUUUAACGUGAUUGUGAAGAUUUAUAUUUCUUAAUAAAUAUUAUCUUUAUUAUUGUGUAAUUGUUCACAUGUGUAAGAAA